AUGAAUAGAACUAUUUUAGAUGUUUUGAUAUCUGAAUUUAGUAUGUAUGAUGAAGAUUAUUAUAUUGAAGCAAUUAGAUUGGGUGUUAUAAGAAUUAACAAACAAAAAUGUUCUAUUGAUCAUAUAUUAAAGGGAAAAGAAUUGAUGACACACACUAUUCAUUUACAUGAACCAGAUCAGCCAAAAAUUGAAGUAAUAGCAGAUGAGGGUAGUUAUAUUGUUGUUAACAAACCUAGUGGUAUUCCUUGCCAUCCAGUGGGUGCUUAUAACCACUAUUCUUUAACUAAAACUUUGUUUGGUAAUAAAAAAGUGGGAUGUGUUAAUAGAAUUGAUUUGCCUACAUCUGGUGUAGUGAUUGUUGCUUUAAAAAAUAGAGAAAAAUUACACAAACGUUUAAAAAAUUCAUCAAAGAUUUACUUGGCCAAAGUUGAAGGUGAUUUUUUAGAUCAUAUUGAGGUAGAUAAGCCUAUAUUGGAAGGUAAGGGAACAACUAUAGGUUGUGUUAGUGAAACAGGUAAAGCAUCUAAGACUGUGUUUAAAAAAGUUAAAUAUAAAGACGGAUAUUCAAUAAUUGAAUGUCAUUUACAUUCAGGUAGAACCCAUCAAAUUAGAAUUCAUUUAAACUAUUUAGGUUAUCCAAUUGUAAAUGAUUUUAUUUAUGGAAAAGAAAAAAGUCCAAUGACUUACAAGACAAGAGAAUAUUGUGAUGUUAACACUGAUAACUAUGAAAAUAAAGAGGCAUAUGAAUUUAUGCUUAAUAAUUGUUAUGGUGAAAAUAAUAGAACAUUUUUACUAAAAGAUAAGUUUAUAUGCUUACAUGCCUGGAAAUAUACUUUUAAUGAAAAAGUUUAUGAAGCUUCUUUACCAGAAUGGGCAAAAAAAUUUGAAUAA